AUGUUGGGAAAGCUCUUGACUAUUGUUCUUCUCGGGCUCAGCCUUAUCAAUGCAAGCCCCAUUGCAAAGCGUUCAGUGGCAACCGACAUCACCACUAUUACUAGUGACGUUCAAAAACUGGACUCUGACAUCACUGGCUGGGACGGAUCCCUCCUUACAGCGAUCCCGUUACUCAGUGAUGUUUCUACAAUCAAGACUGACAUCAACACGGCCAUCACCGAUACGAACUCUUCAUCUGCAUUUAGCUCAAGUGACAGUACCACAGUUACAAAUGAAAUUGUAGCUUUGCAGCCCGUUAUCGCGACCACUCUUAGCGAUCUGGUCGCCAAGGCUUCUGAGGUUUCGGCAAUUGGCUUCACAAGCACUGUACAGUCCAAUUUGGAGGACUUGAAGACUCUCGCUGAUGAGCUCACUACCGCACUGGAGUCCAAGGUCGCUUCAUCCGAUGCAACUUCGAUCGAGACCGCCGCAACAGCUAUUGACUCAUCCUUUGCUAGUGCCAUCUCUGCUUACUAG